AAACGUCAAUUGCGAUCACUGCUUAUUGGCUGAUAUCAAAGACAAAAAAAAAAAAAAAGGACAUUCAAAUAAACAAAUAAAUAAAUUGCUUUUUGUCCUUUUUCUUAUUAUCAAUUGCCUAAUAGCAAUGUCUAAUAAUACUUUUAAACAUAUUCCUCAUCCUGUAAAAGUUCAAAAUAAUCUUACUCUUCAAUUUAAAGAGAUUGAUAGAAUGUAUGCUAACAGUGAUUUACGAGUAUUCGGUCGAGAUACAGAAAGGAUUUUUAAAGAAAUAAACAUCAUUCGAAAAGAACAAAUUGAAUUAGCUAAUGAGCAUGUACGUUUAGAUUCAUUUAAUCAAUCGCCAUCACCAAUUUUACAGACAUCCGAAAACAUUGAAGAUGAAUAUAAAUGUAACUUAGUUUACUUUCAUAAUAAAAAGAGAGCUUUAAAAAGUUUAAUGAAUAAAUUAGACUCACUGGGUCAAAUUAUGAAUAAUUUUAAAGAAUCAUAUAAUUUCAAUCCGCAUGCAGACAUUGAUAAUAAUCUAUAUGGAGAGGCAACAACUGCGCCCUCAUCUCCUAUCUUCAGUACAUUUGAUGAUAAAAAAAAGUAAUAUCCAUACAUUGUUAGCAAAAUCAAUAAAAUAAAAAAAAUAAAAACCUUAAAAAUGAGUAAUACAUUAAUCAAGAUAAUUCUAUAAUUAUUAAAAGUCUUAAUUUCAAUUUAAAAGGUAAUGUAGCAGAGAAGAUAAUCAGUGUCAUUAAAGACUCUACGUACAUUUCUUUUAUUUUUG